AUGCCGCAGCUUCGCGACACGCUGCAGCAUGAGAUGGCGCUGACCCACCACUUGCGACAGCAAGUCGACCUUCGCCAUAAUCGGAUGUCUCUUCUCGUUGCAGACCUCAGCCACUACGAUAUCGCGGGCGAACCUCUAGGAAUUAGCCCUGGUUUCACUCAAGGGAAGCCACAACACUCGACCACGGACGAUCGACCAACUGCUCCUGCCGCCGGCACACUGCCUCGGCGGAAAGAAUCUCGCACCUCAGCCCAUCCGGCUUAG